CAAGGCGUAGUUAUGGGAUGCCAAUGUGACAGGCUCAGCUGUGUUAUCGUGGUUUGACAAUUGCCGUUGGGCAUAGCGUUUCCUGGUUUUGCUCGUGUGCGGGAACAUAGUUGUUAUAGUAGAGUAAUAAUGGUGGCGGGGCAUGGGGGAAAGGGAUGCUCCACUUUAUAGUCUCCUCCUCUCUGCUCCUCCUUCAACACAUCAUUUCUGGUUUUGAGUCUGGGAGAAGAUGGUGUACUGUUUACUAUUUUCAAGGCCCAGUUGGAUUCUCCUCUCGUGUUUAUCUUGUAUCUCCCUGAUAGCCACGACCAGCGGGCAGAGCAAUCACAACAGACCAUCCGUCCAGGAAACUGUAAGACUUGAUGUAACCAUUUUAAAGGAAAAUAUAAACCUGUCCGGACAGAUCAAGGUCAAUAUUGGCUACAGCAAAGGCCAGGUACAAGUAAAUGGAUUCCCAGUCAAUAAAGGUGUUACACGGAUAACAAGUGGAAUGGAACUAUGGUCUUCUGACUAUUUGGGGUCACAAAGUGGUUCUGUCAGCAUACGUGUUCUUGUUCAAGAAUGGCCUAUGAAUUCCACGUCAAAGGAAACUCGGAUCAUUGUUGAGCAGGAAGUGAUUUCGUUUGAUGGAAAUCUGGUUCAACAAAACAAGACCACAGAAGUGGAACUUCUAGUUAAUGAGAAGUUGGGUCUAGUGACAUAUUCCAGUUCAACCAUCCCCAUUGAGGAGACUUUGCUGUAUUCAUUACCACCAUCUAAUGAUGUUUUAUUUACCUUCCCAAAUAUUCCAGAAACUGGUGACAGUGCUCCUCAACAGACAACACGGGAAUAUAAUAUCAGGCAGAACACUACUCUGGAUGAGGAACCCUACCUGGGAAAGCUCCCAGAGACUCCUAUUAGAGGAGAAAUGCCAGCUUCAUCAUACAAGUUGAUGUGCCAGUUUUUUGAACAACUGAGAAGGAAUUUGUGUUACACCUGGACCCAGUGUUAUCCUGUAUUGAUUGAAUUUUUAAAAGUUGUUGUUGUGGGAGUCAUAGAAGCUGCAAUUGUUCUUGAAGUUCUGAAGAUUAUUUGUCCUUCUGCAGAGAAAAAGGGGAUCCUGAGUUUUGUGGACAUCAAAGAUUCCCCAUUGCUUGUUCCUUUAAUUGUACAAGACACAAGUAGUGUAAAUACCCUGGUGCAGAAAACCUCCAAUGAAAACUAAUUUUGUAGUUUUAUCUUGCUGUUGAUUUCAGUAUUUGCCUUUUGGAUGCCUAAUAAUAAACAUAUAAAAUGUGA